AAGACAGGUGGGAAGAGUGAGGAGCCCACACCACUGAGUGUGGUUACUAAAGGGUGACAGCCAUAGGCCAGACUUGGUCUGCGUGAGCCCAGUAUGCUAGAAGAUGGCAUCCAGCUCUGUGUUUUUGUCCAGUAUGGUGGGUAAAGCCCGCUCCUCCAACUUCACCCUCUCUGAGAAGCUGGACCUGUUGAAGUUGGUCCGGCCUCACAUCCGAAUCCUGGAGGAGCACACCAACAAGCACGCGGUCAUCGUGGACAAGAACAAGUGCUGGGACACUGUUGCUGAACAGUACAAUGCCCUGGGAGGAGACAGACCCCAUCGCACAGCUCAGGGCCUCCGGACCCUCUACAAGAGACUGAAGGAGUCAGCCAAGCAGGAAGUGAUGCAGAGGAGACACGCCCAGCCAGAGUACAGAGCAAGCAUCUCCGAGCCAACCAGGAGAAUUAUGGAGAUGAUCCCUCACCUGUUUCACCACGUGCCCAUCCACGAAAAGGACCAGGCGCUGCGCAGAUUAAUAUACAGCAAGCACAACUCUCCCAUCGAACAUCCUGGCAGCAGCUCCUCUCUGGCUGGACUUCAGGAUUACUCCGCAUCUGUCCCAAGUAUCCCCCAUGAGGUGGUCCAGCUGGACGCUGAAGAGGAUGUAAAACCACCGCCAGACCUUCCCAUCCUCCCAUCGCACACAGGACCACGGCUGGAAGGGGGCCAGGAGCGAGAGGGAGAGCAGGACUUGGGCAGCAUCCAUGAUUAUGAAGCGUCGUUAUCGCCGGCUCCUUCUUCUGUCAACAUCCCUCUUUCCACCUCGCCGCUGCCCUUACGCCAUGAGCUCUACCCCAACGACAUCUACCCUCACCACGAGCCGGACAGGUUUCGGCCUCUGCACCUGGCCAAAGAGGAGCACGAGCUGGUGCUGGCCAAUCACAGGAAGGUGGCCCUGUACCUGGAGGAGAAGAGAGAGGGGCUGAAGAGGAAGCAGGAACUGGAGGAGGAACUGCUGCGAGCCAAGAUCAAAGUGGAGAAACUGAAGGCAGCCCGACUGAGACACGGACUGCCCGUUUCUCUAUAACAAGUAUCGACAUGCACUUCUGUGGUCACUGUGAGAAAGGGAGGGGCUCUGAGUAGUACAGUUUUUAAAAAAAAAAAAGGAAAGAAAGAAAAGAGCGCUUUGGAGCAGUCACCUAUUUUGUUUUAUUUUGGUUGUGUGAGGUCAGUUUCAGGACUUGACUUUCUUUUGGAAACAUAGUGCCUCGUACACACACAGAUAACCUGUUUACGUCCUGCAGGAUAAUUAGGAUAAUAAGGUCUGCUGCCAUCCGUCUUUGUUUGUGCUUGUCUGUGUUAAAAAUGCAUCAUCGUGUCCAUGAGUACCAAAAGUGGAGACGAACAUCUAUGUAAUAAAACAAAGCUGACAUCGGUAACACUGUGACAGGCCAAUAUGUAUAAAAGUCCAAAUUUUGGAAGGGAAUAUUUGUAGUAUUGACUGAUAAUGUACCUCAGUGGUGCUCUUCCUGCCUACACCUACCACUAGUCUCUAAUUACAGGAGUGCCAGGCAUAAGGCAUUAAUGAUCUUUAUUGUCUAAGAUUGUUGGAAAAAUAUGAAUGUAAGAGUUAAAGCACUUGAUGUCAGUGGGAGCGACGUGUUGUUAUCUCUGUGUAAAGAACAUUUCCACCCAUUCUGGCAUCUGUAGAAAUCCACUUUCCACUAGAGGUUUUGGUUAUCAAAACAGUUUUUGUAGCCGCUUUUAUUCAUUCUGUAGACUUCCUACAAAAACCAUUCAUGUCGCCACAAGAGAGCACUCCAGUAGCAAAUUCUAGAGAUACCAGGACUAAAGCACAAGGUAAACUUUUGAAGGCCUUAAUCUGUUAUUGUGAUAACAAAAACGUUCGAGUGAGUAAUUCUCGCUGGUUGCUGAACUGUUGGCCAGUUGCGCGAACAAAAGAAGGGAGGGGCCCUGAUGGUUUUUGGUGUUACU